AUGCAGCAACGUUUUGACUUGAUGCUUCUCCUCUUUGCCAGCAGUGGUGUUCUUUUAUCAUUCAUUCUCAUCCGAAUGGACACCAACAGCAAACAUGAAACGGAUCCACUCAUCACACGAGACCUCUCCUCCAAUUCCGAACAUUCCAUUCUCUUCUUCAUUCAUAUGUUUUUGAAGAGCGUCGGAAUGAAUCAUGUCAAGUUUUUCCAAUGGAGAGCAUUGAUGGAAAUGAAACAUUUCUACUUGAUUAGUUUGGCCGUCCACUCCCUCACAGCAAUAUGUUGGGUUCUUCUCUUGUAUUUCGGAGGCAAGAAUUCGGGAGAAGGUAAAUCAGAUCUAUCUGUCAACCAAAAGCAACAACAGAAAAAGAAUCAAAAAUCCACAUCUUCGUCGUCAUCCUUCAGCUGGGUUACCUUUGUAUUGAAUGCUAUUCUCAUAUUGGGUUGUGUCUCCAUGUUGUUCAUUCUUUCUCUUGUCUAUCUACCUCUCAUUAAGAAUGGAAUUCAAAUGCAGCAUCACCAUCAACAAUGA